AUGGACCCAAACUCGGUGAAACCGCAAAUAACUCGUCUGCAAAAGUUUCGCGAAUCAAUUCUUCAACAAAUUCCCAGCAUAGAAUGCCCAAGAAAUUUUCGAAAAGUUGUCUACGAAGACGAAAGUUUGAACAAAUUGGAUAUUACAACAGAAAUCCAUUCGGAUCAUGAAAUGGUUGGCGGAUGCUUGAGAAUUCUUUCCUCAAUGCUUCACAGAGGACAUAUAUUUGUUCGAAGAGCCAAUGAGAUUCAUUUUCCGAAAUUGUUGAUGUACGCGCACACUGGUAGGAAUUUCCCAUGUGUUCUCAUUCAAUAAUACUUGAUUUUCAGCAUCGGGUGCUGUUGGCAAUCUUGAACUUUGUCUAGAUAUUGCUGUUUCAUCAUGCGAAAUUUUCAUAAAUAUUUUGGAUUUUCAUCAAGAAAUAUUUACGCUAUUUCGAAAUAUUGUUGUUCAAAUGUAUACUUUCAGAAAUCAAAGGUAUGUUCUUUUUACAAAUUCAGUAAGUUUAGAGCCGCUUUUCUGAUAUGACAAACUUGGACAAAUUCGGACGUUUUACUCUUAUCUUCACAAUCAUUUAAACAAAUUUUGCAGUGUCGAAGAAUUUCCAAUCGGCCAAACCAUUCAAUUCAAACGUGUUUGGCGAUGUCUCGGAGAUCUCCUAGGAAUUGUUAUUCAACUUGAUGAAAUAGUUCUAGCAAAACCGAUUAUUCGACAAAAUCAUCAGAUUAUGUUGCGAGAUAUUGAGGAAAGAAUUGAGAGAAUGGCGGGAAAUGAUAAUGUAAAACUUGAGAGUUUGCAAGCAUUGCAAGAGACUUAUAUGAAAUUGAAAUUGGCUGAGAGUUAUUGUUUGAGUGGAAAUGCGUUUAGGGUGAGAAUUUGGGAUAUAAAAAUAUUUUGAAGAAUUUCAAAUUCUAGGAAUUCUAUGAAGAAUCACUUGGAGAACUUGAUACAAGCAUUGGAUUUGCGAAAGAAAUGCAUUUGUCAAUUCAUUUGAUGUAUCUGAAAUGGGAAAAAGCAUCAAUUGAUAAUCGACCAGAUCGAAGACAAUUUAUGGCAAUUUUAGGAUUAUCCGUUUAUUAUCAUCAUCAUUUUGCAAAUUUCGCAAAUAAGGAACUGAUUAGAAAAGUUUUGGGAGGACAGAGAAAACUUGGAGCAUUUUCACUUUUUGGAGAUCUUCGCUUCUUUCCUGGCGCUUUUCUUUUGCGAGAAAUCGCUGAUCAUUCAGUUUUUGAUAAAAAAGAUAUUGCGGCGGUUGAAAAAACACGAGAAGAUUUGAAUAUUCCCAAUAUUUUUGAUGCGAUUCAAAAUGAUAUUAUUGGACGAAUUCGAGAAGUUGAGAAUUGGGAAGAGGAAGUUGAACGAAAAAUUGAGGAACGAAUGAAUAAUCGGGGAAAUAUUGCUCAGAUUUGUUUGGAUUUGGGAGAGUUGUUUUUGAAGGGUGUUAGUAUUGCGGAUUUGUUGCAAGGACAAAGUAAGAUACUUUUGUCGAAAUUUGUUGGAGUUGGUGGGAAUUUGGAGAGUAUGUUAUUGACAAGAGAUCAGGCUUUUCGAUUGUUGGAUGGAUUGGAAACAAUUAAGGUGAGAGAGAGAGAGUUCGGGGUAUAUAUAAAAAAAGGUAUUUUCUGAAUUUUCCACAGAAUCAAUAUUUUUUGAAACAGUACUUUUUUUCAGUCAAUCUCAUUUGUUUUCCAAAAACAUUGGCGUGUUUUCUCGGAAUCUGCAAUGUUGGCAGUUCAACAAUGGAAAUGUCACGCUAUAAAUUUCAUCGAAAAAGCCAAAGUUGUAUUGAAAGCCUCACAACUUCCACCCGGUGAAAUUGAAUGUAAAAAUGCAUCACUUUCAGUGGCUAGGGACAUGUUAUUUGCGACGCCAAAUAAACAAAGAAUGUUGAUUUGUGCGACGGCUUUGGAUAUUGGAGAUAUUGAGGUGAGUUGCGUCUUUUGUCGGUUGGUCUAACAAAAAAGAAGCCUGGGAAUACGAGCAGAAAAAAAACGUUUUUUUUUGUUUUCUGAGAGGUUUUUUUUGUUGAAGCUCUGAAUUUUUUAAAAGAAAAAAUUGAAACAUAUUUUUUGGAUUAUCAUUUUCAAAAUAAAAAGGUUAAAUUUUCAAAUGUUCUAAAAAAUAAUAUUUUUUCCAGAAAUGGCUGAAAACACAAGACCUUGCUCAACUUCACAAUCUUAUCAACAGAAUUGACAAUUUUCUAGCUCCAAGAACAAUCGCUGAAAAAACAACAAAUUGUGCAUUUUUAGCACAUUCCUACACAUUAAAUGAUGUAUUUUGGGAGCAUAUUUUCACUCGAAAAUCUCGAUGUGAAAAUAUUCGAAGAUGGUUAUCAAUUGUAACUGAUGUUGAAAAUUAUUGGAAUAUCGCUAGAAAUGAAUUGAACUAUUCUGAGCCCAAUUCCUAUCAUAUAAUUCGAUAUAAAUUCUUAUCGAAAUUGUGUAGUUUGGUGGAAAAUGAUUUGCGAAUUUCGACACAUCAACAUUUGGAAAUUAGUAAAAGAGAUUGUUUAAGUGAAGAAGAUUCGAAAUUGAUUAGACAUUUAUUGCAAAGUGGAGUUUUUCGUUUUUCGGAUCAAAUUAUUGAUUGUCGUGAAUUUGUUACACGAUAUUUGGAAAAAGCAUUUUAUAACUUGACUGUUGUUGCACCACAUGAUGCACAAACUUAUGCGAAAAUGGCAAAAUUUGCAAGUUUGAAAUAUGAUUUGGAGAUAAUUUCGGGUGGUUUACCGAAUGGUGGAAUUGAUGAAUCGACUGAUAUGAUUGAAUUGGUUAAGAAUUUGUCGAGUGUUGUUGUCAAUUAUAAUUAUUCAAUGACUCAGGAGGUAUGGGGGGAAGAUUGUGAUUUUAAAAAGUUAAGAAAACAGUAAAUAAUCAUCGUGUUUUUCUAACUUUGUAAAUCCGAGUUUUGAAGAAAAUGAAGAGAAAAAAGAAAAAUGAAAAUCUAGAAGAUAAUUCAAAAAUUAUUUGAAACAGUGAAAUGUUGAAUGAAAAUUCAAAAAUCUCAUUUUUGCAGCUUUUCAUUGAGAAACAAUCUCCCAACCGCCGUCUUCAUGUUUUCACUCGAAAUGAUCUCGUAAACGCACUCCGCAAAUUCGGAAAUGGACUUGUUCCAACUGCCACCAAUAUUGCAUAUCAAAUUCUUCGCAAAAAACUCAAUAUUUUCUAUCAAUUUCUUUCUGAUGAUCAUAUUCGAGCACAAAUUGAAUUCGAUAUGCGAUUAAUUGAGAAUUCGCCAAAAAUGUCGACAGGAAUGGAAAGAGGAUAUACGUAUGAUAUGUGCGAGAAUUUUACGAAUAAAAUGGUGAAAAUUGCGGCGAGCGAACCGAAUCAAACGAAUUCUGGAGGAAGUGAAAGAGGAACUGAAGAUGGAGAAGAGAAAGCCAUUACAUAUUUGGAUAAAUUUCGAGUUUUGAUAACUCAAAUUGGAAAUACUUUGGGAUUUGUUCGAACAAUUGGAAUGGCUUCGAAAAAUGUUGAAGUUGAAAUGGGAGAAUAUAUGAGCACAGAAAUUACGCGAUUAUUAGAUGAAUUGGAUGUUGGAGAAGAACAACAUGAAACUAUUCAAAGAAUUCGAAAUCGAUGUAGAGUUGGAACAUCUUCUGUGCAAAAGUCAGAUUUCAAUCAGGUUAGUGAGAGAAGAAAAUUAAGUUUCUUAUGUUAGAGAAACACAAAAUCAUAAUUUAAACACAAAAUCAUAAUCAAAAUAGGAUUUCAAUAUUCUUUUUUGAAACGUAUUUUGUUCAUUUUUCCAUAAACACAUUGAUUUUUGCAGCUUCUCGUCAAUGUUUUCAAAGAUGCUCUCAACAAAAACUUGUCAUAUCUCACCAAUUUCUACAUGAUAAUUCCGGCUCUCUCGUGGUCCUAUGCGGAUUAUAUGCGAAUUUGUCGAAUUCGCGCCAAAAAUUCGAUUCACACGCAACAAAAUGAUUAUACAACUGUGAAUGAUGGAUUUGUUGUUGGUAUCGCGUAUUUGUUGACAGUUUUAAAUGGAUGGGAAAAGUUUGAGGAGUUGAUUUGGUUUGAUGAAAUUAUGGGGUAGGUUUUAAUGUUCGGGUGGAAAAAAUGAACUAUGAUGUAGUUUUUUGACUACAUUGUUGUGUUAUCUUUGGGCAGGAAAUGAUGCAUUUUUGACAUGUUUUCAGUCUCAAAAAUUCACUGUUUCGAAAAAGUUUGAGAAUUCUUCAUUUAAAAACAUCAAUUUUCUGCGGAAAUUUUUUAAUUUUUCAUUGAAAAAUUCACAGAUUAUAUUUUUGCAACUUUAAAGUUUUCCACAUUUUCUAAAUUUUCCCAAUAUAAGUUUUUAUUAAAAAAUUCACUGUUUCAAAAUUUUACAAAUUUAUUUUAUUAUUUAUUUCCAAUUCGGGUUCCAAUUCUCCAUUGGAAUUAAAAUUAUUGUGAAAAAUUUUUUCAAUGUUUGUUUUCAAUGAGACGUUAUGGUAUGUACAUUUUUACACAUUUUCAAUCCAAGAUUUCCUUCUCUAAUCUUGAAAAAGAAUCGCCGAAAAAUUUAACUGUUUCAAAGAUUUUAGAUUUAUUGGAAUUUUUGUUGUUUUUUCGAUGAGAGAAUGGAUUCGCAUGACUUUUUUUAAUUUUGUAAAAUAAUUUACUGUUUCAAAGUUUUUCGAAAAUUUUCUUGUUGUUUGAUUUAGUGUUCAGUUCAUCAAUUCAUGUUUCUAUGUAUAAGAAACAUAAUAAUGAGUGAAAAUAUGAUCAAAAUUAAAUUUUUAAACAGAAAUCUACUGCUUCAAAAUAUUUUCAAAUGUUACGAAAACAUUUUUUAGUUAGUGAAAGAAAAUCGAAUUGUCAAUUUCUUCAUACCGUGUCAAAAAUCUCCGUUCCCCCAAAAAUGUAUUUUCUUUUCCAGCUACUUGGAUAAUGAAACAAUUCGCCUAAUUGCCAACCCUUCGAAAGGCUCAAAACUCAAACAAGAACGAUGUGAAGCAUUGCACGGCGAGUUCCAGGAAAUCAAAGAAUCGCUUUAUUCCGCCAAAAUAUUUUUCGAAUUCGAGGAUUUUGGAGUGAAAACCAAUGAAAAAGACGAGGAACAAGAAGAUGACUGGUUUUAG